UGGAGGGUGUCGGCGCCCAAACUGUGGUGUCGCGCCCGCGAACGCGCUGCUUCCCUUAGUGCGCUGCACAUUUUCUCGCUGUUUGCUGCCAGUGGUGACAUUUUGUCUCCACGGAUAUCAAGUGGCCAGGCCUGUAGUCAGAAUUUGACUUCCCUUCUUUUCCCUUCUUUGCCACGUGCUUGCACACAUGGGUGGCCUAGCGACAGCCUGACUUCUUGCAGCUGCGGAGCGCGUCUUCCCGCCCCGGACUUGGUCCUGUCUGUAGGUGGUACGGGGGCUGGAGAGGCUAAACGGAAAAGGGAACCCUGAAGUUGGCAUUUGCCUGGAUCUGGAAAACAAACAGCUGUUCUUGAAGACUAAUUAGUUACACUGGACAUGCUGCUGUUCUUUGCUUUGGGAUUGCUUGUACAUUUUGUGUUCUUUGCCUCCAUCUUUGACAUUUAUUUUACAUCUCCUCUGGUUCAUGGAAUGACUCCUCAGUUUACACCAUUGCCUCCUCCAGCAAGAAGAUUAGUGUUGUUUGUUGCUGAUGGCCUUCGAGCAGACGCACUUUACGAAUUAGAUGAAAAUGGAAACUCUAGAGCACCGUUUAUUAGGAAUAUAAUAAUGCAUGAAGGCAGCUGGGGUGUAUCUCAUACACGUGUGCCAACAGAAUCUCGGCCAGGUCACGUAGCCCUGAUAGCUGGGUUUUAUGAAGAUGUCAGUGCAGUUGCCAAAGGAUGGAAGGAAAAUCCUGUAGAAUUUGAUUCUCUUUUUAAUGAAAGUAAAUACACAUGGAGCUGGGGAAGCCCAGAUAUUCUACCUAUGUUUGCCAAAGGUGCUAGUGGAGACCACGUUUAUACGUAUAGUUAUGAUUCUAAGAGACAGGAUUUUGGUGCUCAAGAUGCAACAAAACUGGAUACGUGGGUUUUUGAUAAUGUUAAGGACUUCUUUCAUCAUGCCAGAAACAACCAGUCUUUGCUUUCUAAAAUAAAUGAAGAGAAGAUAGUUUUUUUCUUACAUUUAUUAGGAAUAGAUACAAAUGGACAUGCUCAUCGACCAUCCUCAAGGGACUACAAGGACAAUAUUAAAAAAGUUGAUGAUGGAGUCAAAGAAAUCGUUUCUAUGUUUAACCAUUUCUAUGGAAAUGAUGGGAAAACAACAUUUAUCUUUACCUCUGACCAUGGAAUGACAGACUGGGGUUCCCAUGGGGCUGGUCAUCCUUCAGAGACUUUAACUCCUUUAGUCACUUGGGGAGCUGGAAUCAAGUAUCCCCAAAGAGUAUCAGCUCAGCAAUUUGAUGACACAUUUUUGAAAGAGUGGAGAUUGGAGAACUGGAAGAGGCUAGAUGUCAAUCAGGCUGAUAUUGCACCAUUGAUGUCUUCCCUUAUUGGAGUUCCCUUUCCUCUUAAUUCAGUGGGAAUCCUUCCUGUGGAUUAUCUUAACAACACUGAUAUCUUCCAAGCAGAGAGCAUGUUUACAAAUGCAGUACAGAUUCUUGAACAGUUCAAGGUGAAAAUGACUCAGAAAAAAGAAGCUACUUUACCAUUUUUGUUUACACCAUUUAAGUCACUUUCUGAUUCCAAACAGUUUGACAUUUUAAGAAAAGCAAGAUCUUAUAUAAAAGACAGAAAGUUUGACGAAGCAGUCUCCCUUUGCAAGGAGCUAAUUCAUCUUGCGUUGAAAGGAUUGUCCUAUUAUCACACAUAUGACAGAUUCUUUUUGGGCAUCAAUAUUGCUAUUGGUUUUGUGGGAUGGAUCUCUUAUGCUUCUUUGUUGAUCAUCAAGUCUCAUUCCAACCUUAUAAGAGGUGUUAGUAAAGAAGUUAAGAAACCAAGCCAUUUCUUGCCAUGUAGUUUUGUAGCUAUUGGCAUUUUAGUAGCAUUGUUUCUGCUGAUUCAAGCCUGUCCCUGGACAUAUUAUGUAUAUUGUUUGUUGCCAGUGCCAAUAUGGUAUGCAGUUCUAAGAGAAUUUCAGGUUAUUCAAGACCUUGUCACAUCACUAUUGACCUAUCCUCUGAGCCAUUUUGUUGGGUACCUGUUAGUCUUUACCCUGGGAAUUGAAGUAUUAGUUCUCAGUUUUUUCUACCGGUAUAUGCUUACUGUUGGACUUACUGCUUUUGCGGGUUGGCCAUUUCUUACUAGGCUGUGGACUCGAGCAAAGGUGACCUCACUGAGUUGGACUUUCUUCUCUUUGCUCCUGGCAGUGUUCCCACUGAUGCCGGUUGUAGGUCGAAAGCCAGACAUCUCUCUAGUGAUGGGUGCAGGCUUGCUGGUUCUUCUGCUCUCCCUGUAUGUUGUAACAUCUCUCACAAAAAGAAAAGAUAGCUUUAUAAAGGAAGAGCUAUUGGUACAUCUAUUACAGGUGCUGAGCACAGUGCUCUCCAUGUAUGUUGUGUAUAGCACCCAGAGUAGUCUACUCAAGAAGCAAGGACUGCCUCUUACAAAUCAAAUUAUUAGCUGGGCAACAUUAGCCUCUUCCUUGAUUGUGCCACUACUGAGUUCUCCAGCUCUCUUUCAGCGAUUGUUCAGCAUACUUCUUUCAUUGAUGUCAACCUACCUACUUUUAAGCACAGGGUAUGAAGCUCUCUUUCCACUAGUAUUGUCUUGUUUGAUGUUUGUCUGGAUAAACAUAGAACAAGAAACCCUGCAACAAUCUGGUGUUUCCUGUAAACAAAAGCUUACUAGUAUCCAGUUCUCUUACAAUACUGACAUAACUCAGUUUCGACAGCUGUGUCUGGAUGACAUCCGUAGGGCCUUUUUCCUUGUUUUCUUCUUAGUGACAGCAUUUUUUGGAACCGGAAAUAUAGCUUCUAUUAACAGCUUUGAUCUUGCCUCUGUCUAUUGUUUUCUGACUGUGUUCAGUCCUUUCAUGAUGGGAUCCCUGAUGAUGUGGAAGAUUUUAAUCCCCUUUGUUCUUGUUAUGUGUGCUUUCGAAGCAGUUCAAUUGACUACUCAGUUAUCGUCAAAAAGCCUUUUUCUCAUUGUUCUCGUCAUAUCAGACAUUAUGGCUUUGCAUUUUUUCUUCUUGGUCAAGGAUUAUGGCAGCUGGCUUGAUAUUGGAACAAGCAUCAGCCACUAUGUAAUUGUCAUGUCCAUGACCAUCUUUUUGGUGUUCCUCAAUGGCCUGGCCCAGCUGCUCACAACAAAGAAACUCAGACUAUGUGGCAAACCCAAAAGUCACUUGAUGUGAUGUUGCUGAAACACCAUUCAGCACCUGGAUCCUGAUUCUCCUUUUAAACUAAAAUCUCAUCAAGGAUUCAAUCAGAAGAUGAGUACUAAUGUAUAAUAUAUUCUACUCCUGUAAGAACAAUUGUAUUUGGAAUUCUGAAUUGACAGGUUUCUGGAACAAAGGAGCUUCUUUUCUUUUUUCUAGGUUUUGCAGGCAUGAAAUAAUGAUUCUAUCUGUAGAAAAAUGUAGGAAGGCAUUCUCCAUUUUCAUUUUUUUCCUUUGGCUGGCAGCUUUUCCUAGUGAUGUUUAGAGCACCUGCAACAAUCUGGUCCCCAACCACACAACUUCCCACAUACCCAAAGGAGAACAUAUGCCUGUGGGGGCAGUGCUGAUGGCAUCCAGAAUCAUUGCCAUGGCUGAACUGGAAGGAAAUUACCAGGUGGCACCAUAAAUAUUUAUCAGCUUUCAGCACUGGCUUUGUUAGACAAUCAGGGUGUAUUAUUUCAAAUUUGCUAAAGCUUCAGUAGAAAAACAUGUUUGCAGGUAUUUGUCAUGGUCCUUUAGUAUGCAGUAAUACUAUCUUAUCCUUUUUAGUGCUAUUUCUAGGAUUUUCCUAGUCUACCAGCUAGAUGCACGUCUAACCUUCACCUUUUUUUCACUUCAGGAUUUUCAUGGAAUUCUGAAUGAUACAAAAGUAGAGAGUGCUUAGUAUUCGUGUCUUACACAUAGGAAAAAUAUUAAAACAAAUAGUUUUUAAUUGUAGGUUCAACAUGUUACCCCUGUGGCUUUUUCAUAUAUUGUUUUUUUCCUUUGAAUUUCUUUCUACUGUCAUCUAUUAUUUUAACAGGAUUCUAAAAAUCAAUGGUUAAACUUUCUGACAAUAUCAUAGGAAUUCAUAUUAAAGUUGUUAUUCUUUGUGGUUGUGAGAUUCUAGCCCAAAGGUCUAAAAUCUCUUCAGCAAAUUAGAUUUCCAUUUGUAAACAACUUCUAAUGGGCAAAAUUUUUUCAGAGUAGUUUUUAUUUGGAUUGUUCAUAAAAUUACCCUUAUGUAUCCCUGUGGAGUUGGCCUUUUGUCUGUGAUGUGCCAGUAGCUUUUGGCUGAUGCUAAGCUUUCCUGGUAUGUGCCCUAUUUUUAAAAAGUAAUUGCUUUUGAAUUAAGUUAUAGCAUUACUAAUUCACGUUAAUGACUAGGAAACCCUCUAUAGUUUAUUAGAUUUUUCAAAUUGGCAGGGAGUGAAUAAAUACAAUUUAAAAGAGUCAGAUAUCAGUUUGGCAAAGAGUACUUUCUUAAUUUCAAUUUAUGAUGAAGUAUAGUUACAAUUUAUUUGUAAUACUAUAUGGUAUAGCAGUGAAAGAAUUAUAGUAUAAAGAAGAGGUAUUAAUGUCUUAUGAAAUCUCAUGCAUCAGUUCAUAGUAUUUAUCUAGCUGAACAACUAAGAAGCUGUGGUAGCAAACACUGACAUUGAUGGAACAAGAAUCAUGAACUUUCAUAUUACCAGAAAGGAUUUUUUUUUAUUAGUUUUUUUUCACACAUCAGAGAAAACUGACUGUAUAAAUACUUACCAUUUACCUCUUUAUGUAGUUUUGCUUUUCAUCCUUUCCCCAAUUUUUAUAUAAUCAAUAUUUUAUUACAACAUUGUAAAA